CCAUCCUACUUCGGUCCGCAGAUGAAUCAGUAUCUUCAACAGAAGUUACUGACUGACGUUGAAGGAACAUGUACCGGUCAAUUUGGAUACAUCAUCUGUGUUUUAGACAGCAUGAGCAUCGACGUGGGGAAGGGAAAAAUCGUGCCCGGUCAACAAGGAUACGCCGAGUUCGAGGUCAAGUACCGUGCGGUUGUUUGGAAACCAUUCAAGGGAGAAGUCGUCGACGCAAUUGUCUCUUCCGUCAACAACAUGGGCUUCUUUGCCGAUGUGGGACCCCUAUCUGUUUUCAUAUCCAAACAUCUGAUCCCCAAGGACAUGAAAUACACACCUUCGCACACUCCUCCAGCUUACAUCAGCGAGGACCAGGUCAUCAUGAAAGGCUCCAAGGUCAGAAUAAAGAUUAUUGGUACGAGAUCUGACGUCAACAGCAUCAGCGCAAUCGGAAGCAUAAAGGAAGACUAUCUGGGGCCUCUGUAGCUCUUAUGCACGGAUGGGUCUCCGCGUUGCGGUUCUCACGUUUGUAUAUUAGUCUGGCUUGAACUUUCCGUCUUUAUCGGCACAUCUUUACACCGGUUGAGGCUCCGCCUACGUAACGGAAGGCCAAUAAUUUAUUACAAAGAUAUUUUUAGUCCC